AUGAGCGGUGAGAAGAAACGAUAUCGAUGGCGACAUCGUCCAAUAUUAAUUGAAGAAAGUUUAACAAUUAAUUCAACAUCAACAACUAUAACAACAAAAAAUCAAGAAGAAAAACAUACUGAAAAUAUUCAAUGUAAAUGGUAUAAUAAGAAUAAAAAUAAUGAUGAUGAUGAUGAUAAUAAUAAUAAUAAUGAAAAUAUUCAAUUAAAAACUUCAUUACCAAAUGAAACAAUAUCUGAAAAAAUUGAUAGAAUUCUUAAAAAAAUAAAUGCUUGGACAAAUGAUACAUCUAUACAAACAAAACCAAAUACAACAAAUAAUAUCUCUAUACAACAAAAAAUACCUUUUAAUAAAACAAUACCAACAACAACUUUAUCAUCAUCAUCAUCAUCAUCAUCAAAAUAUGAUAAUAUACAUCGAAAAUUAAAACCAACAUCAACAACAUUAUUAAAUACAGUUCGUCAACGUUGUUCAUCAUCAACAUAUGAAGAUUCACCAAUAAUUAAACUUGAAAAAUUAUCAAAUCCUCGACCAUAUUCAAUGACAUUUACUCAUGAACCAUUAUUAAUAAAUAUAACACAUAAUCAAAAUCCAUUAUAUGAAAAAUCAAAUAUAAUAUUACCAACAUAUUAUCAACAAAAUUCAAUUGAUCCUAAUCAAUAUACAUAUAAACGUCGAUCAAUAUGUUCACAAAAUACAAAUUUAACAUCAUUAUCAUCAACAUAUGGUUCAGAUUUUUUUUAUCCAUUUACAUCAGAUCAAGAACAACAUAAUUAUGAUAAUUUAAAUUUUAUUGAAAAUAAUUCAUCUCAUCAAUAUUAUGAACCAUUUCCAACUGUACUUAUUGAUUGUCAACGUUGUAGUCAAAGUGUUGAUCGAUCAUUAUUACGUGAUAUAUCAUGUCAAGUACCAUCCGAUGAAGAAUCUUUAGAAGAUGAUAUACAAUUAGAAAAUCGUAAAACUAGAAGAUCAUCUCCCGUAUAUAUAUCACCACGAUCAUCACCAACACUUUGUCAUCCACCAAUGGCAAAUAGUUUAUUAGCUCCCUAUCAUUUACGACGAAAACAUUCUUUAUCAUCAUAUGUUGAUAUACACAAUCGUUCGAAAUCCGUUCCAUCGUCAUCAUCAACAAUAACAACAACAACAACAACAACAACAGCAUCAUCAUCAUCAACAACAACAAGUCCAAAAAUAUAUUCGAUAUUGUCAAGAUUUUCUCCUUUACCAAUAACAUCCGAUUCAAAUUCUUUACCAUCGACUACAACACUUCUUCGUUCGAUUAAAACAUCAAUCAAUGCAAUGAAAAAACGUCUAAAAGAUAUUCGACGUUUGUCAGAGGACUCAAACGUGACAACCGUCUUAGACGAUUACACGGCACGCAGCUCACAAGAACUAACUGUUAGUAAAGGUCAACAUGUUCGUAUCGUUCAAAAACAAUUAUCUAAUGCGCCUGAUUGGUGUCUUAUACGUUUAUUAAACGAACAUAAUCAACAACAAAAUCAAUCGACUUCAUCAUCACUUGCUGCAUCAUCAACAACUAUUACAAGUGGAUCAGCUGAUUUAUCAUUAACACCAUUUACAAAACAUAUUGAAGGACUUGUUCCAACAGUUAUUCUUAAAUCAACUAGAUCAUCUUCAUCAAAUAUUCAAUUACCACCACCAUUAUCUAAUCUAUUAAAAAGUAGUAAAAGUGAACAAGAUGGUAUUUCGGAUGAUAUAGACGAAUCUCAACAACGAAAUUUUUCAUUAGCUUUUCAAUUUAGUAAACGAAAAUCUAGUUUAAGACGAAUUCUUAGAAAUCCAGUUCGACGUCUUAGUUUAAAAGAUACAAGUACUAGUAAAGAUGUUAAAACACCAGAUUCACAAGAUUUAAUAGCAACUUCUACAACGACUAUAUCAACAAAUAGUGGUAAUGAUAUAUCUGUUAAUAAACGACAACAAUUAUCUGCUAACUCUUCUGGAUCAAGAAAGGUCAAGGCAUUCACAUUUAUAAAUACUGACGAUAUGACAUCAUAUCCUGAUAAUACGAAUUCAAUCAAUAAAUCCAUUGGUAAUGGUGAUGUAAAUGAUAUUUAUAAAAUGACUGAAUCAUCUUCAUCAUCACCAUCAACUAUUAUGACAAUUAUAUCCCCAAGGAAUAAUUUAGAAAAUAAUAUUAUCGAAAUACCAUCAUCAUCAUCAUUCGAUAUUCAAUCUCAACGUACAAUAUCAUCAAACGAUACAAAUAUUGAUUUUUCACCGGCUGUAAUUGUUAGAAAAUUGGUCAAUACACUUGCACUGGAGUCAUCCAGAAGUCAUAGUCGUGACCUUUCAUCACGUUUACGCAAAACACGUGUACCACCAUUAACAUCGAUUAGUCCUAUUGAUGAUGAUUCUGUUAUUGCUCGACUUGUUCAGCAUGUUGCACCUAUUAAUGUUGUUUCUGGACUUACAGCAAGUGAUUUUCAAAUCCCAGCUGCUUUGUCAAUAACAACACCAACUGUCGAUGAUAUUUCAACAAAUAGUUUACCAUCAUCAUUAUCAUCAACAAUAACUGUGAUUCAAAAUGAUAGUCAAAGUGAACAAACAGAUGAAAUAUCUUUAAAUGAUACUGAUCAAACAACAUUAUCAUCUCUAACAACAACUGAUGAACCUAUGGAUGCUCGAACUAAAUAUGGUGCAAAAAGAAGACAUAAUAUUAUGGAAUUAAUUGAAACAGAGAAAGAAUAUGUAAAAGACUUAGCAUUAAUUGUUGAGGGUUAUAUGAAUGUUAUUGAAAAUGAUAAAGAUCUUAAAAAACCAACUGGUCUUACAGGCCGUGAACGUGUUGUUUUUGGUAAUGUACAAAGAAUAUAUGAAUUUCAUCGAGAUACUUUUUUACCACAACUUGAACAAUGCAUCGAAAAUCCUAAUACACUUGGUCGAUUAUUUACUACAAAUCGAUUUAAUCCUUAUGUAAGAUAUUGUGAAAAUAAACCACGAUCGGAAUAUAUUGUUUCUGAAUAUCAUGAUUAUUUUGAAGAAAUUCGUAAAAAACUUGGUCAAAAAUUACUUGUAUCUGAUCUAUUAAUAAAACCUGUACAACGAAUAAUGCGUUAUCAAUUAUUAUUAAAAGAAAUUCUUAAAUCAACAGAACGUAUGGGUGAUGAAUCACGUGCUAUACGUAGUGCUUUACAAGUUAUGAUUGAAGUACCACAACAAGCUAAUGAUAUGAUGAAUGUUGGUCGAAUAAAAGAUUUACCAACAAAUGUACAUCAAUUAGGUGAACUUAAAUUACAAGAUAUGUUAUCUGUUAGUGAUCCAAUAUCAUCAAAAGAUUCAAAAGAUAUUGAAAAAAAAUUAAAAGAACGACGAGUAUUUUUAUUUCAACAAUCCAUGAUAUUUUGUGAUGAAAUACCAGCAAAAGAUAAAUAUUCAAGUCCAAAUUAUAUUUAUAAAUAUGAACUUAAAAUUAAUAAAUUACAACAUAAAGAAUUUAAACGUAAUAAAGAAUUAUUUCAAUUUACAUUAGUUGAAGUUGAUGCUGGAAAUACACGUCGAGUUAUUUGUCAAUGUAAAGAUGAUGAACAAUAUGAAUUAUGGGUCACUAGUGUAAACAAGGUGCUUCAACGUCAGAUGGAUCUUAUUAUAGCUCUAACAAAUCCAACAGCUGCUCUACAAAAAGAGUUAUUAACAUGGGAAAUACCUGAAUGGAGACAAGCAGGUCGUCGAUAUUUUACGAGUGGUGAUGCUAAUGCUAUUGUUUCAUCGCAGCAAGAUUCGUCCAUGUUAUUGUUUACACCUUCAUAUAGAAAUCAAAUUAAAAAAACAAUAUCUAAUCAAAUGGAUAAAUCAUUAACAUCAUCAAAAUAUUCUAAUGUAUCAAAUUUAAAUAGAACAAAAGAAAAUAGAAAUAAACGAUCAUCAUUAUCAUUUUUUUUAUUUGAUUCGAUUUUUUCACAUUCAGUAACAAAAUCUUUGACAACAAAUACAAAAUAUGAACAAUCAUCUAAACGUUCUUAUUCAUCAUUAUAUCCACAAUCAUCUUUAAUAUCAAAUAUUCAAUUAUCUGAACAAACAUAUUCUUCAUAUAAUAAUAAUAAUAAUAAUAAUAAUGUAAUAAAAGAAGAUGAAUAUGUUCAAUUAUUGAAUACGAAUAAAGAUAAUAAUUAA